GUUGUCAAACUCCUUUUGUAGUUGGUACUUAGCUCCAAAAUUCAAACAAAUUCCUGGAUAAGUUCUCUAAAUCAAGAUGCCUUUCAAAAUAACAAUAGAAUUAACUGAGAUGCAAAAUAUGAAGGUUCCUGAAGAUGACAACAUUAGCAAUGAUUCUAAUGAUUUUACAGAAGUUGAAAAUGGACAAAUGAAUAGCAAGUUCAUCGCAGACCGUGAGAGCAGGCGAAGUUUAACUAACAGCCAUUUGGAAAAGAAGAAGUGUGAUGAAUAUAGUCCAGGCACAACAUCUUUGGGAAUGUCUGUCUUUAACCUUAGUAAUGCUAUCAUGGGCAGUGGAAUUUUGGGCCUCGCCUUUGCUUUGGCCAACACAGGAAUUGUACUCUUUACGUUGCUUUUGAUUUCAGUGACACUCCUCUCCAUUUAUUCAAUAAAUCUCUUGUUAACAUGUGCGAAGGAAACAGGCUGCAUGGUUUAUGAAAAACUUGGUGAACAAGUCUUCGGCACUCCAGGAAAGAUGAUUGUUUUUGGAUCUACGUCUCUUCAGAACACUGGAGCUAUGUUGAGCUACCUCUUUAUAGUUAAAACUGAGCUACCUGCUGCCAUAAAGUUCCUUAUGGGAGAAGAUGAGACAUUUGUAGCCUGGUAUGUGGAUGGGCGAGUUCUGGUCGUAGCUGUGACCUUUUUAAUAAUUCUUCCCUUAUGCCUUCUGAAGAAUUUAGGCUAUCUUGGCUAUACUAGCGGAUUUUCCCUGACAUGCAUGGUAUUUUUUCUCAUAGUGGUUAUUUACAAGAAAUUUCAGCUUCCCUGUCCUUUUCUGGACAGAAAUGCAACAGAUGUUACCUUUUCCAAUUUUAGCUUUGAGGCAUGCAGACCAAAGUAUGUUACAUUGAAUUCAAAGAGUGUGUAUGCUUUGCCUACCAUUGCAUUUGCAUUUGUGUGCCACCCAUCAGUCCUUCCAAUCUACAGUGAACUUAAAGAUCAUUCCCAGAAAAGAAUGCAGAUGGUUACAAAAAUCUCUUUCUUUGCCAUGUUUGUCAUGUACUUCUUAACUGCUAUUUUUGGCUACUUGACGUUUUAUGAAUCUGUGCACUCAGAUUUACUUCACAAAUACCAGAAUAAAGAUGACAUCCUUGUCUUGACUGUUCGUGUUGCCGUCAUUGUUGCAGUCAUCCUCACAGUCCCAGUGUUGUUUUUCACUGUUCGCUCAUCUAUAUUUGAGCUUGCUAGAAAAACCAAAUUCCAUUUAUGCCGUCACAUUGCAGUUACGUUGAUCCUUUUGAUGAUCAUUAACCUGCUGAUUAUUUUUAUACCUUCCAUGAAGGAUAUUUUUGGAGUUGUAGGAGCAACAUCUGCCAAUAUGUUGAUUUUUAUUCUUCCAUCUUCACUCUAUUUGAAAAUCACCCACCAAGACGGUUCAAAACUGAUUCAGAGAAUUUGGGCUUCCGUCUUUUUGGCAUUAGGAAUUUUAUUUUCCAUGGUGAGCAUUCCUCUUGUCAUCUAUGAUUGGGUGCAUUCAAGACAUGCCACAGAAGGUUAGUGAGACACCAAGAAGAACACAUUAUCUCCUUGCUGUUCACAAAAAUCACCAGUGACCCAUUUUGCCAGUAUGUCCUAUUCAUCAUAAAUUUCCUCUGUUUAACAGACAAACAAUCAAAAAAGAAUAAUCAUCACUGCAUAUUUUUCUGCAGGAGGCAGUUGUUUAAUUUGUAAUGUUUGCAUCAGUAUUAUUACAGCGGUCAGGACAAUUUCACAGACCUCAUUGCUUAUAGGUCUUCUGUAUGCAGUAAAUGGUAAUAAGAUAGCUGAAGAAUACUUUCUACUCCUUCAUACACGGGCAAAUGAAUAUUUCUUUUGAUUUUCAGCUAAGAUCCAUUAACCUGAUCAAAAUAGUUCUCAUUCCUGAAAAUAAUUUUGUAUCCGCCUGAUUAAGCUGGUGCAGUAAUGUGGUUAAUGAUUAGAUAGAUAACUAGUAUUUGGUCACAUAUGGACUCUAUGGAGUCUUUUGGUAUUAGUAAACAAAAACUAAUUAUUUAAGCUCAGUUACUCUUGUGGGAGAUGUGUAUGCACGUGUACCCAUUUUCAACGUAGUCUCCCAGGAAACUGCACCUCAUUUCCCUGUCCUGAGACAAUAUCAUUUGGAUUAAAAAUACAGGCACCAGUAUCAAAGAAAGCAGAUCCAGAGUGACAUGUGUGAGACAAAUAAAAUUUCUUGGUGCCAAGAUUACAUUUGUAAAUAUACUUUUUUUGUUUUGAUGAAGUCAUGAUCUGCUGGUUAGGAGGAUUUCAAACUCUCUUUUGCUGUUACAAGAACAACAACAAAAAGACUUGGCUGUUGCCAGUGAAAAUACAUACUGAUGUGUCAUAAAUUCCAUCUCAGUCUCGAGCAAUAAAAUAGAUACUGAGAAUUGUCUUGCCAAAAGCAUAAAAUAAAUAAAAAGGAGAGACUUUGUUCUUCAGCAAUUGUCUGUACAGUAGAGAUUUCUUCUGGAAUCAAUGAAGAGAACAUUGUAACUGACGCCUGGUGUAAUCAUAGACACCUUCUGGUUGGGAAAUAGAUUUUAUUGGCAGUAUACAGCCUAAGAAUGUAAUUAAGAAUGCUAUCUGUUGACCUCUCAUGCACAGAUGCCAGGUCAUAGUAGAAGGGUUUGUGGUUCAGGAAAAGAAAGAAUACAGGACAUGCUGGCAUUUAUUAAAGAAUCCUUGGGUGUAUUCCCUGGGUUGCAUCCAGAAUUUUUUCAGUGCUUGCUAUCAAGUAGAUAGAAGCUAAUAAUCCUUUUUAUUAUGAUGAUUAUCCUCCUUUCAUGACGGGUAUUUCUAGACCAUUCCUAUUUAGCUGGUUCAGGCUCUAGAAUUGUCAUGGUCCUGAUACUCAACUACAAAUAGAUUUUUAUCCAAAACUCAAAUGACAGAUGAUACUUAUUUAAACAGUACUAUUUCAUAAUUACUGUUAUAAGUUUUUGUCUCUUUUAAGAAUGUAUGCGAAUUUCUUACCGCUUAUCACUUCUACAAAGCACUUUUCUCCACAACCAUAUUGUGAAGUAGGUCAGUAGUAGAUUUAUUUGGCAUAGACAGUACUAGGGCCAAAAAGACAAUGAAAUUAGGUUUCCUGGCCAAGCAUUAGGUCAUUUUGAAGGAUAGUACAAAAAGCAAGCUGUUUCAGGGUUUGUACUACAUAUGAGGCUUCAAAGUACAUUUUUUCCUUAAAAUUGAACAAAAGAUUCUAACAUAAAAUGGCUUAGUGGUUAUCAUAAACUCUUUGGGAAUUUACCAUAAUGUUCUGAUAUGCUGCCAGGUAAAUUACACACUAUUUGCAAUGAAGGGCAAUAGUCUACAUGUUACACUGGAGGCACCUGUCUAGAUCAUGGGAUUAUAAUGACAAAAUAUUGUCCAAAUUAAACAUUAGUUAGCUUAGGAACAGCUAAUUCCUUCAGUAAUGUAACAUGCAGUUCCAGAAGAAGAAUGAAUUAUCAAUAAUAAUAUUUCCAACUCAAAAGAUUCCUGGAAAGAAAUACGCGGGGGGUGGUAGAAUAAUCAAUCUGUCUUGUCUUUUAUCCUUUCCAUUUGAUAAUUACUCCCUGAAAACUGAAUGAAGCAGAGGUAUAUUUGGUACAGCAAGGUGCAGUUGAAAAAGAAAGAUCAGGUUUAAAAAUAGGGUGAAUCAGGCUUAAGGCUGUGAAGAAAAACAAAAUCCUAGGAAAUUCCUUCCAGGCAUCCCAGCUCAGAAUAUUGGCAUCUGCUCCAUUCUCAGAUCUCCUGGUAACAAGCACAGAGCAAAACAUGCACAGCCCACCCUUUCCACACAAACACACAGAUGCCACACAAGGGAAAGGCAGAGUAGAAACACACAUAGAUGCAGCACAUUAAAUAUAAAUGCCUUCUAUGGCCACUGCUGAUAAAGGGGCGGGGAAAAAAAUUUGGA